CUUGGAGUCUAAUAUCGUUGAAUAGCUGCCACGCGCUCAUGUGCUAGAGAUUCCCUGUUGUGAUCACUGCACCCUCCUCCUGCCCACCAGAUUGUCGUCAUCGUGUUUACCCUCCCAUAUGUCUUCCUACGAAUUCCUGUCAUUGGCUACCAAGCCAUCCGCUAAGCUAUGUUACAGCUUUCAGGCUGCUGUAGGCACGGAUAAGCCGGCUCUAAUCGUCUUUAUAAAUGGUUUGGGGCUACCACAGACAUCCUGGGAGGGCGCAAUCGCCCGCCUGCAAGCUCAGCCUCCCGCUCAUGGUCUCCCCGCCCUAUUGACCUAUGAUCGGUACGGUCAGGGCCAAACAACAGACCGGGACCCUGACGACGCGAAAGCUGAGAAUCCCAUGCAUGGUCAUGAUACGUUGGCCGUUGUUCGGGAUUUGCGUCAACUUAUUACACAAGUCGCUUCGGAGAAGUUGGGUGUAUCCGAUCUCAGUCGUCUUCCCCUGGUGCUGGUUUCGAACUCGAUUGGCGGUGCAUUGGUGCGUCUUUACGCGCAGGAAUAUCCUGGAACAGUGGCAGGGCUGCUCUUCCUGGACAGUGUGCUCGCCAAUUCCGACUUUAUCUCUAUUUAUCCUGACCCUGAUGCACCUGGCUUCGACGAGACCAGCUUGCCAGACGGUGUGUCAGUGGAAGCCAUCCGUGAUGCCCGGGCAUACAUGCAACGGGUCUUCCACCCCAGCAAUGGUAGUGGCGAGGGCCUCAGUCGGAGGAAUCUAGCGGAACUCCUCCCAAAGAGCGAUGGUCCCAGAUUGCAGGGUCCCGAUGGUCGAGGUCCCUGGGUGACGGUUAUCGGUCACGAGUUCGAGACGUUCAAGGUCGAGUUUGAGAAGAUGGGCGGUGCACCACCAAGGCUGACGGAAGUGUAUAUGAACCCCUACUGGCACCGCUUCAAUGAAGGGUUGGCCAAGCUCACCGACUCGGAACGCAGUAAAGGCCCGUUUCAGGCUCCGGGAGCCGGCCACUUUGUGCAGCGGGAUAACCCGGACCUUGUGGCCAACGAACUUCGCGAAAUGCUUGAUAAGGCUAUCUGAUCCCCUGGAUGUCUUAGCCCAAGAUCCUUCAUACAUGAAUACAACGGCGGUGAUAUAGAGAGUGACCUGAUGGCGUCAGCUGGAAGGCUUUUACAGCUGGCUCCUUACAAGCACCAUAGGCUUGUGGUUUAUAAUACUGCCUAUCAGAAUGGUGUUUGGAAGUAGUCGCAAUGAUGAUUAUAUACAUACUAAGUGGAUGCUGUCAUUCUUCGCUGACCAUGGAACAUCAUGUGAUCCCACAAUGUCAUCUCUAUCAUCUCCCCAGAAAUCUAGAAAUUCCUCAACUCAACAUCUGCCCGACCGAAGAUAACACAACAAGUGCCCAUCAAAGAACUCUCAUACAUCUGCUACACCUCUAUUGUCUUCUUUUCUCAAACUCACAACUCAUAAUCCAUAAUGCAGGGCCCAGAUGCUCCCUUCCAGGAGCCCGAAAG